UUAUUUCUUUCUUCGAUAGAUUGAUUCAUUCAUUCAUAGGGCCUAUAUCGUCCGUGGCCCUGUUUCGGUGAGAGCCCUGUUUCGGUGAGGUGACGUGUUUCGAUGAGGGCCUUGUUUCGGUGGUUUCGUCGUUUGUGCUAAACAGACUAGAAAUAAAGAAGAAAGAUGGAAGAUGAACUGCAGCAGGUCAAGGCCAUGUUGAGGUCGGUGCUUCUUAGCAGCAAGGAGGGAGUUACAGAAGAAUGCUUUCUUGAGGAUUACCAGUCUGUGACGGGAGAGUUGCUUCCCUUUAAGAAAUUUGGCUACAUGUCUCAGAGUAGUUUUAUAGAAAGUCUUCCCGAUGUUGUACACAUCAGAAGGAACAAGUUUGGGGAGACGGUUUACCAUGCAGUUGCGGAUGAGACGACCGCUCACAUACAGAGGCUGGUGUCCAAACAGAAGAGUAAGAAGACGAAGGGACCUCUUCGAAGAUUGACGUCGGUUCGACACCCGACAAAGCCGUUCAGAGGAAGAGGUGGCUACAUGCACUCUCGGGGACGCCACCCAGUAUCUUCGUGGUCAGCACCCUCUGUACGCGGCGGAUUCGAACACAAGAGAGGGAGAGGGUUGGCUGCAAGAGGAGGCUAUCCUGUACGGGGGAGAACUCCACUUUUAAACACACCAAGGGACAGACCUCCACUUCUGAGCACUCCAAUGGAGAGAACCCCAUUUUCGGACACUACACAGUCCCAGCAUUCUAAUGCUGGUGCGGAGAUCUGGGUGACGGAAGACAUUGAAAAUGUCGACAAUGAUUGCGGAAAGGAUGAAUCAGAUAACUGGGACGAGCAGCGGUCGACGCUUAAGGAUAUGAAAAUUACAUUUAAUGUGAACAAUUCAUCGUCGACCAUUCGCCACGACAGUGCGAGUGCAAGUCGGAAAGUGACUGACUCAAAUAGAAUGAUUUUUAAGGCACUUGAUGCAACAUUUCUGCAACAGCAAGCAUUGAACAAAGCAAAAUAUAAUUCUAAAAAUCCUCCCAGAUCAUACGAAGUCCCGCCACGAUUUCAAAAUAAAGAUGUCACAACAAAAGUAAAGGCAUUUUCAUCGGGGACAUCAAAACCAGCCGAACUUUCAAAAGGUUCUUCCACAGUGACAAAUAAUGCAGAUGAUGUUCUGAUUCAGAGACGUGUUAGAGAGAUUCUGUCCGACGCUAUGAAUGGUUUGUGGAGUACGCGAGUGGUGUUCGUCUACACGGAAAAGUACGGUGAACCGCCGUUUGAUCUCAUCGAGAAGAUCAAGACAUGGCCGCACGUCGCAAUCGUUGAGCCAGUACCGAACACCGACCGCGCAAUUGUCAAUCUAGUUCGAGACAGUCCACCUGCUCCAGUUACCGUGGUAACGCCAGUGACAUCCAAACCAUCAACAGUGACGACACCGCAAACAGACGGCAUGGCAGCAACCAAGAAACCUGUGAUAAGAGCACAACCUGUGAUAUGGAAGAAUUUUAAGAUUCCUCCCCCGGAUUUACUUGAGUUAGGAGAUAGAAUAACUGUGUAUGUGACGUUUGCUCUGCGAUGUGACAACUUCUGUGUACAGAGAGAAGAUUGUAUCGUUGACUUCAUCACUGACCAGCUGUUAAUACACUGUCAGGCUGCGAGUGCGCCCAGUGCAUCCGUAUUGAUGAAAGGUGUGUACUGUGCUGCCCUCUACAACGAAGACAAGAACUGGUAUCGAGCACAGGUUUUGUCCGAAAUCCAAGAUGAGAUGGUGAAGGUUACUUUUGUUGACUAUGGUAACACAGAGAGAGUUAGUGUCGACAACAUCCGCCCGCUGUCUGCAGAGAUAGCUCAUAUUCCAGUGCAAGCAAUUCCCUGUGCCUUGUUCGGUGUCAAGGUCGUUGACGCUGCAACGGAUGGUAGCACGUCACCGUCAGUGUUGGCGUUUGCUGAGCUGGUCAAGGAGAAUGCACUGGAGGCGACGACAGUGGCUCACACGCUAACUGGACAGUGCGAGGUUGAGUUGAACGUCUCAGGCGACAGCGAGUCUAUCAAUCGACAACUUAUAGAGCGCCAGCUGGUGGAAUGUUCUCUGGCUUCGGUGGAAAUUAAUCGCAAUGGUCUUGAAGCAGAAAAACCAGAUACGAAAGAGAGAGAAAUUGACGGAGAGCCAGAUGAAUUGGUUCUUCCUGAUAAUAAAUGUUGGGAUGUGUACGUUUCCUUCCUGACGCCAAACCUGGAGGUUAACAUGAGGCUUGUUGGGGAAGAGUACUCAGAUCGCCUGGAAGAACUGGAGAAAAUUAUGGAGGGACUCUACAGUUUGACCAAUUCGACUUCUCCGAUCACAGACGGAAUGAUUUGCAUCGCCAGCGUCGAUAACCUCUUUCACCGUGUUCGAGUUUACUCGGUUGCUGAUGGAAAGGCAUCUGUUUAUUUUUGUGACCAUGGUGAUAAAGAAAUCAUUGACACGAGUAAACUUCGACCUCUUCCACCGGAUUUGAACAGAACACUUCCGUAUCAGGCUAUCCAGUGUCACCUGUAUGGGUUUGAAACACUUGUAAAUCAUGUUGCAGCUCUGGAAGUCUUACUUGACCUUGCCCUUGGCAAGAUCUUGGUAGCUGAAGUUAUGAGCAGGGACGAGGAUAUCUCUGUGGUCCUCUUCGACACGGAAUCUAAGGAGGACACGAAUAUUAAUGAGAUUGUUGCCUUGGAGCUCAAGUUACAGGGUGUCGAUAUCGGCGACUCUUCCUUCUCAUUCUCAAUGUUCUCCGACUGUACUUCCAUAGAUGUGGAUGCUGGGGACACUGACGUAAUAACGGAAAACGAUGCCGGGACAGAAAUAGAUACCAAAGCGGAAAUAGAUGUCAGCUCGGAAAGAGACACCACAGCAGAAAUAAAUGCCGGCACGGGAAGAGAUACCACGGCAGAAAUAGAUUCCAGAACAGAAAUAGAUACCAGUUUGAGAAACUUGUGUCUGUCACCAAUAAACAGAUGUGUCGAAAGUGACGUUGGAUCAGACAGAGAUUCAUUGUCGGAAAAAGAUAAAGAUAAUUUGUUUUAUUCCGGAACGGAAACAAGUGGUGGGUCAGAAACGGAUGAUGGGACGAAAAGACGUACUGAGACAGAGAAGGACGCCAGGAUGGAAGGCCAUGUUGGGACAGAAACUAAUUCCGGAUCGGAAAAGAAUGUCGGGAGUGAAACAGCUGCCGGUACAGAAAAAAGUGCCGUGAUAGAGAGAGAAAUGGGGUUAAAAAGGGAUGCUGUGAUGAACAGUGGGGACGCGGUGGGUUUACCUCCGAGACUUCUGACUCCCGCGCAGGGGCAGUUAAUGGAUAUCCAUGUUAUAUGGGUGGUGGACCCGUCACAUUUUGUGUUUGUUCUCUAUGAAAUGAUGGAUGGUUUCCAUCGGAUGAUGCUGGAACUGAACCACGAGUUCAACAAUUCGAUAGAGUUGCGUCCUUUACCAAUGGAGAGCUUGCAGCUGGAAAAGGUAUAUGCAGGGUGCAUAGACGGCGCUUGGUAUCGAGUAAUAUUAAAAGGUUUUAGGGAGGAAGAGGCCUCUGUUUACAUACCGGACCAAGCGACGUUCAACAUCACACCAGCCACAGAGAUCUUCGACCUGCCAGACAAAUAUCUCAAGCUCCCGUUUGCUGCGAUAAAAGCAGAAUUGCAUGGUAUCGAACCCACAGGCAGUGACUGGUCGGAGAGUGCUAAGUUCAAGUUUGUCGAGUUGGUGCAGAACAAAGACCUCGUUGCUUUCAUUGUGCGUAAAGACGACGCGAAUGGCGUCAUGUCACUCAAGUUGGUCGACACCUCAGGACUCACGGACGUGUGUAUAGAUGAAGUUCUUAUCAGAGGGAAUUUCGCAAAAUCUGCCAUGCUGUCGGGAGAUUGAAGGCAAAAAAUUUCACUUAUGAAAGCAAAUUUAAAAAAAUAGAUCCUAACAUCACGAGAUUGAACACGAAAAGUUUCAACCAAACGUUUCUUACUAAUGAAAGCAAACUAAAACCAAAAGCAAUUGUCUUAAUGUCGGGAGACACCCAAUAGCCGAUGUGUAUUUUUGUGCUGGGGUAUUGUUAAACAUUCAUUAAUGUCAGGAGAUUGGAUACAAAAGGUUUUAACCAAACCUAUAUGACUUAUGAAAGAAAAUUAACCCAAAAAAAUAAAAAAUUGCUUUAAUGCCAAGAGAUUGAACACAAAAAGGUCCCGCUAAAUCUAUAUUACUUACUCAGGAGCAAAUAUGAAGCAGAGAUGGUGAAUACUGAAUAUAUAAUAUAUAUAUGUAUACUGCUAUGUAUAAUAAACUAGCUGUAUUGUCAGAAAAGGUGGACAACAAGCAAAUGAUUCAUACUGUGGAAUAGACUGGCUUUUUAAAGACCGGAUGCGAGUGGAAGAAGUACAUCAAACACAGGAUGUGAACACAAAGGAAAGAUUUCUAAGUGAGGACCAGGAUUUUAUUUUCUUCUUCCACAGUUAAGAAAUGGCCCAUGUAUUUUCCGUGCUGGGGUGUCUUAAGCAUCUAUUCUAUUCUAUUUUACAGUUAAUAACAAAAUAAAAUGAAGUCAAAGACUUAAACAAAAGUGAUGGUUGUACCAUUUUGAAUGUUAUUACGAAUGCGAAGAAAUUCAAAUGUUGACAUAUACUUUCCAUGCUGUAAAAAUAAUAACCAGUAUAAUGGAUUCAGUUAGACUAUAAUAAAGUAAAUGCUCGAUUUCCAACCAAUGUGGAGGUUUUUCAAAAUGGGGGCAUGGGUAAACUUGCAUUUUUAAUUUAAUUUUUGGAAAUGCUACACACAAAGUUUAUUUUAUUUUUUUACCAAUAAUAAAACGGGGUGUGGGGAUGAAAAUUUAUGAUUAUGAUUUAUGAUUAUGGUCAUUUUUAUUUGAUCUUGCAUUCACAUAUUUAAAUACAUAAAGUACAUCUACACAAAACUAUGAUUGUCACAUUAAAAAGAAAAAAUAUAUAUGAAUAUUAGACAAACUUACAGAUAUUGAUUGAUACAUUUAUGAAAAUAAAACCUUGCCUUCUACUUUGUCUUUUGUCCAGAUGAAUUAGGAGAUAAACAUUCUCAUUUCAUUUUUGAGGUAGAUUAUCGUGGAUUUAAUACCUCUAAAUGUCAUUUUAAAAUGAACGUGUUAGGGUGAGGAGUUUUAAAUGACAUUUAGAGGUAUUCAAUUUGAAACAUACUUAUUAAUAAUAACACAAGCAAGAUCAUAUUUUUAUUUUUUUAUUUUUUUGGUUCUGUAACAAUAAAGCUUCAAAUUGUAAUAAAUAUAAUAGUAAUUUAAUUAUUAUUUUUAUAAUAACAAACUACCUAUAGCAUCCGAAAAUGUGAAAAGUUCUUCUAUUGUUCUGAUGGAAAAAAUAAGGAUUUUUUUCUUCUUGUUACAUUUUGUCUCAUGAUUAUGUUAACUUUAGUGUGUAUUAAUACAGAACAUAUUAAUUGAAA